AUGGCGAGUUCCCUGAGAAUUUGCAUCACUUUGCCAAGGGUCUUCCUUUUGGUUUCUCUGCCCUGGCUGCCGGCUCAGGCUUCGCUGGACGCUCAUCAACGACAAUCUGUUCCUUCCCAGGCCCACCAUACCCCUGAUGAGAAAGUGACAGGAACACGCAGAGGGAGACGAUCGAGAAAUGAACAGGAAGACGUUUUGCUGCCAAUGGGAUCCUUUUGGGACAUGGUCGCGGGUACCCCCAUUGGACGCAUGGAAGUAGAGUACAAUGGUCGUCACCCCCAUGAACGAUACCUGCAACCAUCUCCCAGCAAGUACGGCCUUCGUCCGAACCAACAUGGUGAUAACAGCGACAGCGAGAGAGACAACGUUGAGGAUGUAUACUCUCUGCGGGAAGAUGUCCUUCAAGGCCACCUCCAAUUCGAUGACGAUUUUGUUCGAGAUUCUGUUCUGUACGAAGACUCGUUUGAAAGCUUGUUUGAGGAAAACAACAACCAAUCAUCUACAUCUACCAAGAAAGAAUUCAGGAAUUUGCGCAUUCAUUUCAUCACUUCACCGUUGGAACAGAGACGUGGGGAAAGCACGUAUAUUGACCAGCAAUUGGAUGAGAUAAUAGAUGAGGCACUCCCGAAAGCAGCUGAAACUUGGGCUCAACACUUGAUGGUUUAUCCCGUCGCUGGACCCAUUUCAGUCUCCCCAAGCAGCUGCUUUGGAUCCUUUGAGUCUACCCUAGAACCCACCGAAGUCUCGGGAGCUGAUAUUGUCAUUAUCGUGAGUGCCUACAGCCAGCUGCAAUCACCCGAUGGCGGAGCUGUUCCUGUCUGUCAACCAAGAGCCUUGGCUUUGGGUGCUGCCUGCACUCUAGACCAACAUGACAGGCCCAUUAUAGGGUUUAUCAAUAUGUGCCUCAGACAACCUCCUACAGCAGAGCCGUCUGAUCUCGAUGAACUUGUCUCCCUAGCUUUCCAGCAAGCUCACGGCAUACGCCAACAACCCGUCAAGUUGGAAGAAGAUGGUACAGUGCUUUUGAAAGAUCAUGAGAGAGUUAACCCCCAUGCAAUUCUCGUCCAUGAACUCUCUCAUACGCUGGGAUUUGACUCGUACCUGUUCAAGUUCUUUCGCAAUCCCACAACCGGGGAACCUCUGACCCCGAGACCAUUUCAGGCUACAACAGUGCUUUGUCCCAACGGGAGAAAGGAGGACAUUCAUGGGCUACCAUCAUCUCAAGUUCUGCAAAUGGGGCACUCUGACAGUGGGGACUCGUACUUUUUCGUUGUAACACCUCACGUCGCUCAGGUUGUAAAGAAUCAUUUCAACUGUAACUCGACAAUCGGUGCUCGUUUGGAGAAUUAUGAAGCUUCCUGUGUUGGAUCACACUGGGACGAGCGACUCUUCCUCACCGAUGUCAUGUCCCCUGCCUUGACCUGGAGGAACACAAUGGUGACACCCUUGACCCUAGCACUAAUGGAAGACACUGGUUGGUACCAAGUAAACUAUCAGAAUGCAUCAGUUCCCACCUUUGGCCUGGGUGCAGGCUGUGAAUUUAUGAACGGAGCUUGUAUUGUGGACGGUCGUGUCCCUGCGUAUGCAAAGGAUUACUUUUGCGAUCGACCCAUCCGAUUGAGAGACGACACCGACAAGUUUGAAAUGGCGGAGGAGUCCGAGCAAAAUAUCAGGUGUGAUCCAACCCACCAAUUCUGGGCUAUGUGCGACCUCUUUGAUGUUUCGAGCUUUCCCGAUUCUCUGGAUGUUACCUUCCCUGGUCACCAAGCAAGUUCUUACUUCCACAACAACAAUUUUGCAGUGACCUUUCCUCAGGCUGAUUAUUGCCCCAUCGCACACGAGUUCUUGGGCGUUGAUUGUACCAGCGAGGAUCAUGGCGAAAUCAUGCUUAGAAGUGGACAAAAUGUUGCGUAUGCGGGAGAGGAGAGUGGUCCAUCAUCGAGAUGUAUCAAUGCCUUCUCGGACGUUUACACUCAGCGCAACCGUCGCGUCUUUCGCCCCGCCUGCAUGCACGUCGAGUGCGAUUUGGAACGGCGGAGAGUCUUACUAGGAACAGGAGAGUUUCAACAAGUUUGCGACCACGACGGACAAGUUCUGAAGAUUCCUACGGCCGAAGAAGAGUUUUUGGAAUGCCCUCGGCUUGCCUCUGUCUGCCCGCAGAUGUUUUGUCCAGCUAGCUGUUCCGGCCGUGGUCUCUGCGACUACAAUGCACAGCCGUAUCCCCAGUGUCGAUGUGUCGACCCUGAGGAUACUUCGGAUGGAUGCUACGGCGCGGAUGAUUCCACGCCUCAGGAUGUAACGAGGCAAUCAAAGGAAGGAGAAGUGGCGCUCUUUUUGGAGGAUUUGGGAGAGGGUGACAUCGAACAUCGCCACUAUUCGGGGGCAGCGAAAUGUAUUCUUCAUGUUUGGUGGUUGCCAGUAUUCAUGCUUCUAGCUCUGCUAUGA